AAAAGGACAUCUGAACUCUGUAGAGUAUCUUCUUGAGAAGGGUGCCAAUCCUAAUGGUUCAAAUGACCCGAAUAGUACAUUUAAUGCUCCUUUGCAUUAGGCUAUAUUAGGAGGAGAUAUAAAGAUACAGAUGUUGUUACUUUCAAAAGGUGCUUGCGUUAAUUUUGUGAUCACAUCUGGGGCAGCCCUAUAUUAUGCUGCUGUUGGUGAUCAGCUUGAUUCUGUUAAACUUUUGUUGGAUCACCAUGCGGAUCCUAAUGUAGUGUUGCGGGGUCUGAUUACACCGCUGACAGCGAGUAUUCUUAACGAUUCACUGCAAAUGACGGAUCUUUUACUACAGGCUGGUGCUGACCCAAAUGCCGAAUCACGCGGAAUUGCCCCUCUGCGAUAUGUAGUAGAUUAUGGGCUAACACAGUUUAUCGUGCCCUUACUGGAGGCUGGUGCUGAUCCAAAUGCUACGGAUAAUGAAGGCAUGACUGCAGUAGAAAUUGCUGCUAAAGAGGGCAAGAGUGAAAUUGUUGAGAUUCUAUUUCCUGUGACUUCUUGCAUUCCAACAUAUCCAAGUUGGACCAUUGGUGGACUUAUGGAGCAUGUGCAUUCUGAGGCCGCCAGAAAGAAGAGAAACCUGAAGGUUCUGAGAAAGUUAUUCAAGAAAAAAUGAACGGUGCAGAAGCAUUUCAGGAAAGGCAGUAUUCGCUGGCAGCAUUGUGGUACUCAAAGGCGUUGGAAAUUGCUCCAACAGAUGCAACUCUACUAUCCAAUAGGAGUGCAUGUUAUGCAUGUAUGCAAGAUGGACCUGAAGCACUAAAGGAUGCAACUGAAUGCAUAUCUUUAAGGCCUGAUUGGCCAAAGGCACACUACAGGGCAGGCGUAGCUCUCAAAAUUCUGAAAAGGUAUGGCGAAGCAGCAGACGCCUUUUAUAAAGGUUUGACGCUGGAUCCUGAAAACAAAGAGCUUGAAGAUGCAUUCAGGGAUGCUAAUGAAGCUAGAUUGAAGUCCAUCGUCCCACAACCAUAGGAAGAAGAAGACGAUAGCAGUAAACUGGCAAUAUAUUAUCUUUACUAGAAGACGCUUUUGUGACCAACUUUUGUAUAGGCUCCUACUGAAAGGGAUUUUCCUCACAUCUUAACUAUUUGUGACAUACCAUAGGGUUCUUACAUUUCAACGAUUAGUGUCUUUCUAUUCCACGUCGAUUUCUGUUAAUGAAGGGCUCUUUUAACUUCUUAUAUCAUGUCUCUAGUAGGUGUGUAAGUAAGUCAUUUAUG